AUGUUAGCUGGGUGGCUGUCAAACAGUCAUCAGAAUGAUAAGAGAGACGGUUAUUUAUCUUAUUUCAUUCCAACAAAGAUAAUUCCAAACCAUCGCACAAUACCGAGCGCAAUGGAUUCGAUAUCCAGGUUCAAGAGAAGAAGCUACAACAGAGUAAGGAGAUCAAGGAGUCAUUUGUCUUCUCACUACUCGAGAUUUGUCAAUGACGCCUUUUCCAUGCUAAAGGGCUCUGAGAAACCAGAACUCGUAUUGAGACAUCCUCAACCUUCACAUAUCAAUUCGGAUACGGCAAAGUAUGUUUCUUCGUCAUAUUCUGAUACCAUUUCAGAUUCUGAAACGCAGACUUUGGUCAAUUCAUUGACUUCAUCCUCUUCGUUGACCAUUGAUUCGCGGGCCACUCCAGUCAUGGAAGAGGAUUUGAAAGAUUUAGUGGAAGAGAAAUUCAGAUCCAUUUCUUCCACUCCUGAGCUAUUUUUUGAAACAACUAAGGAAGCAAAACUCUCUUCCGAGCAGAUUAAGUCCCUAAUCAAAAUUUUUGGUUACGAUAGGGCUUACGAACUGGGGAAAUCUGAGCAUUUACAUUACUACCAACUUCCAUUCCCAUAUAGAGAAAAUCGUUACAUCAUCAACAAUUAUAGAUUUUAUGACUCCCAUAAGAAAUCUUUGCUUUCAAUCUUCAAAUUACACAAUGAAGCUACAAAUAUUUGGUCACAUCUUUUAGGUGCUAUUUACUUCCUCUAUGUCCUCUUUCAUGACUUACCAAAUUCAAUUAUAGUAUCCUCUUCAAUGGUCCCUACUACAGCUAAACUUUUUCUGUACUUGUUCGUUUUUGCUUCAUUGAAAUGUAUGCUAUCUUCCACUUUCUAUCAUACAUUUAAUGGGACCUCAAUGUUGAAAUUACGUCGUAAAUUUAUGUGUGUGGAUUACAGUGGAAUUUCAAUUCUGAUAACUUCAUCAAUCUUAUCCAUCCAAUUCAUUUCAUUGUACGACUAUCCGAACAUACUAAAAUUUUACAUGUGCGCAUCCUUCAUGCUGGGCGUUCUGGGAAUAUUCAUGAAUUGGUCUCCCUUGUUCGACAGUCCAGAAGCCAGGCCUUUAAGAAUCAAAUUCUUCAUCCUAUUAAGCUCAUGUGGUGCAUUUGCAUUAUUGCAUCUAGUAUUCUUGGAAAAAAGCAUUUUUGCAGCUAUAGAUGUAUUAUUACCACUCACAAAUAAAUCCAUCGUCUGGUAUUUGGUCGGUGUCGUAUUCUAUGGUUCCUUUAUACCAGAAAGAUUCAGAACGGAUUAUAUUGUUGACAAAUCCAUUCCAACAACUUUACGUCUAUCAACCGAUUUAUCAGUGAUUACAACAGAAAAGCAUAUUCAUUUCCGGAAUGAACCAACCAAAUCCGGGAAAUCUGGAUUUUUCACACUUUGGUGGGUAGACUACCUAUUCUGUUCCCAUACCUUAUGGCAUAUCUUUGUCGUGCUUGGUGUGGUGGGCCAUUAUAAAACUCUCUGUGAGAUGUUUUUGAAAAAAUGGCUUAUUUAA